GAGAGACGAAGAACAUUCGAUGGCGUUACUGGGCGACGACGGACGAGGGUACGAGCUAGCCCGGAAGCUUGAAUCUCAAGGCGUAUGGCGAUCGUGGCUUGGAGAUGAUUCUAUCUACACUACCUUCAUUCCCUUCUUAUCAACACCGUCUUCAUGGGAAUCAUUCAUGAGAACCGACGAGACCAAGUCUAGGGCUCAAAUUCAACUUCAACUCCGUGUCCGUGCUCUCCUCUUUGACAAAGCUUGUGUAUCACUUUUCCCCUGGUCGAAUCGAUCAUCUUCCUCUUCUAAUUCGAAACUCAAUCCUAAUUAUUUGCAGUUGCAUGGGGACGAUGUUUAUUUUACUCUGGAGAAUCCUACACAAAAUGUAGCGCCAUCUUCGAAGGUUCAAUUAAAAGCAAGUUUGGGUGUUGGAUCAAGGUAUGUUGCAUGUGAAGAUGAUAGUAUGUCUCAGAGAUCCCCAGAAUCAUGGUAUACCCAAUUCUUUGAAAAAUAUAGAGCUACCAAACCAUACAGGCUACCUUCAGGGGAUCGAGAGUCUGAAAAACGUACACCCGAACAGAUGUCUAAUUAUCUUAGGACUGUUGAAAAGCAUAAGAGAAGCCGGGCAGUUUUUAUGGAAGAACAAAAUAUGAGUUCAAGCAGUCCCAUGUUUGAAAGUGGUUCAAGUCGGCGAUCUUCUGAUUUGGAUGAUGAAACUUUGUUUUUUCCCGAGACUAUGUUUUCAGCAAACUCCGUACCUGAUAGUGCUUUACCACCAUCUAAUCAGAUGGAAAAUGUGCAAAGUGGCAAGUCCAAUGGAGUUCUAGAUACCUUGCCCCCAAUAAUGACCAAAAGCCCCAUUAUGUUAGAGAGACUCGGUAUAAGGCCAGAAUACCUUAAUAUGGAACAAGGGAAUCAUGAUCGUGGAAAAAGUGGAUCAAGUGGGAUGAAGAACAAUUUAAGUCCAGAUCAAGCGGCAGAGCUGUCACGCCAAGUGGUUUCUCGUUUGUUGAUGGAUGUUGGUUUUGAUUCCGCGUCUGGUGGGCCAUUGGAUAUAUUUGCUCAGUUAUUUGGGUGUCAUAUAUCUAAGUUGGGUCGUAUCUUGAAAGUUCUUGCUGAUAGUUACAGGAAGGAGUGUUCAGCAAUUGAACUACUUAAGAUGUUCCUCCAAACAAUUGGACAUGGUAAUCUUGGGGCUUUUGCUGAGCUUGUCAAAGAUAGUACCAAGAACCACGUACAGCAAACGCAACUUCAAGUUCAGGCGAUCCAGUCGCAGAUGCAAUUGCAGAAUCAAACUGGUGUUCGACAACCUCAUCAGUUUCCAAGGCAAAUGCACAACCAGAUGGUUCAUUCUCUGCAGCAGCAGCAGCAGCAGCAGCAGCAGCAGAUGGUUCACCCCAUACAGCAGCAGCAGCAGUGGGACAGAAUGCGAAGGCGUCAACCUUCCACACCUCGUCCUGUUAUGAAUAUGAGUGGUAACAUGAAUGUGGAUAAUGAAAGUCAAAGAUCCAUGGUUGAAGUCAAGCUUGAAAACCCACCUGACUUUCCUAUGGACAACAAUGCUGCUGCAUUUGCAACAAUGAACUACAGAAAUCCCCAGAUGCAGUUCCGGCAGCAGCAAUUUGCUGCAAUCUCUGCUUUCCAAGCUCAGACUGGCAAUCAAUUUCGACCAAUGGCUUCAGUCCAAAUUCCCCAACUCCAGCCACAAGCCCACUCACCGAACAUGGGCAUGGUUAGAGCUCCACCUGUGAAGGUUGAAGCCUUCCAGGAAUUGAUGGGUGGGGAUUCCUCAAUGAAGCAUGAUUCAGAGGAAAGUAAACUUACUUCCCCAAAGUAAACCAAAACAAAUUUACAUGUGAUUACGCUCUCCCUUCCACCAAAAGAGCUCCUAUUUGAAUUUUGAGAGUUGAACAACCUUCUUUUUUAGUUUCAAAAUUGAUGCAUCUUUAUUAAAUUUUACAAAAUUGUACAAAGAACCAUAAAAUACCCCUUUUAUUUCCAAAACUGGAAAGUACAUUUAGAAGUCAGAUUUCAAACUUUUAAGAUUUCAGAAUUCAAAUUCAGUUAACUUGCAAUAACAAUAGCAAUAGCAAUAAUGGUAAUUAGUAGUUUAUAUGGUUACAACUAUAGUGUUAUAAAUAUUUUCAUGCAGGUGAAUUUGUUCACUUGUGAAUAUAAGAUUUGGGGAAAUGCUUUAUUUAUAAUUUGCAGACAUGUAAGUGUAUCAAAUUUGAAUUUGAAAAGGGUUCAACUCUCAACAAGUCAAAUUAAGGUUCUUUUUCCGGGAACGGAUAGAGUAGUUGCACAAUCAGUUUACUAGAUUUCAAAUUGGUGUUUCUAUGUCGUAUAAUUAGAUGAUCUUAAAGCAGACGAUAACAUGUGCUUUAUGAUUGUAGAUUAUUUAGAGAUUGUCUUAUCUCAACUUAUACUGUUAGAAAUUUCUUGAAAUAGAGAGGUUUCUGCUUUAUUAUUA